CACUAACAAUCACCUAAGAGCUACUCGGCGCGGCGAACGCGCACGCGCAUCUCUGCGGAUCGAAUUUAAAUAAUCAAAUAUGUUGUUCUAACAGAGACUGUACCAAUAUAAGCGGAUGAAACUUAAGUGCUAAGUGAUGAUUGGUUGUGAAUUUUCUUAAUAAAUAUAAGAGAUACAUAUGAAGCAAACAUGGCUGUCUUCGAUAAAAAUGACGAGAAAAAUCUUAAUAAUUAUGACUUAAAUAAAACAAAUGUGACUAAAAAUAGUUUAAGUAAUGAAAAGUCAGAGAAAGUUCCAAAUGAGAAAUCGGAACAAAAUGAUGGAGAUAGCUGGAAAAAGUUGAAUAUAUUUCAAAAGACUAAAAGAAUGUUGUCCUUGAUAACAGUGGAACCAAUAUUGGCUUGUUAUGUUAUGCCAUCCGUCCUUUCUGCCUUGGCAACACAAAAUCUCUAUUUAGAAAAAGCUUGUCGUGUCAACUUACGGUAUGAUCAUCAUAUUUGUGAUGCAUUGACACGAAGAGAGACAUCAAAUUAUACUCUUGAAGAAGAAGCUGUCCAGACGUUGGUUGCAUCUGUGGCUGGCUGGAAAACAGUUUUACAAUCAUUUCUACCAUGUGGAAUCUUAAUAUUUCUUGGAGCAUAUAGUGACAGAGUUGGCCAGAGAAAAUUCUGCAUGAUUUUACCAAUUGUCGGAGAGUUUUUGACAAGCGUAGGAUUGAUCGUGAAUACGUAUUUCUUUUAUGAAUUACCUGUUGAAGUGGCAGCAGUAACAGAGGCUAUAUUUCCCGCUUUGACUGGAGGUUGGUUCACCAUGUUCAUGGGAGUGUUCAGCUAUAUAGCUGACGUGACCACAGAGGAACAGAGGACGUUACGGAUUGGAAUUGUGAAUCUCUUUUAUUCAUUAGGAGUGCCAGUUGGUGCUGCUUUAAGUGGGAUAUUAGUGAGAAAGAUUGGUUUAUAUGGUGUUUUUUCUUUGAGUGCGUCGUUGUACCUGAUUAGUUUUUUCUACGGCUUAUAUAGGAUCAAGGAAGUAAAGAAGACUACAACCACUAAAACAAACGGUUGCUGUGAAUGGCUGAGGUUGUUCUUCGACAUUCACCUGGUGAAGGAGACCCUGAUGGUGGCUUUCAAGCAGGGCCCCAACAACAGGAGGCUGCGCGUCAUCAUGCUGGUGAUAGUGCUGUGCGUUGUUAUCGGCCCUAUUUAUGGUGAAAUGUCUGUGAUGUAUCUAUUUACGAGGUACCGCUUCAACUGGAAUGAGGUGGACUUCAGUAUGUUCUCCACUUAUGCUAUGUGUACUUCAUUAGUAGGAACCUUAUUUUCGGUAGGCGUCUUCAGCCAUUACUUAAAAUUCGACGAUGCCAUCAUCGGAGUCAUAUCUUGCACUAGCAAAAUAUUGUCUGGUUUUAUGUAUGCGUUUGCUACCAAGACUUGGCAUAUUUAUAUAGCUCCUUUGAUUGAGAUAUUCAAUGGAACUUCGUUCAUAGCCAUGCGGUCCAUGGUAUCCAAAUUAGUGGAUAAAGAUGAAUUGGGAAAAGUGAACUCUUUCUUCGGCCUCGCGGAAGCCAUGAUGCCGCUGGUAUACGCGCCCAUGUACACCACGGUCUACACAGCCACACUCAAGAGCUUCCCCGGUGCAUUCUUCCUACUCGGCGGAGGAUUAACUGUACCAGCGGUUGUUAUUUUCUUGUGGUUAUAUUUGGCAAACAAAAAGCAUGGCACACCUACAUACGAUCCCAAAGGACAAGACGAUUCUGUUAUAACCGAAAAACCUGAAAAGAUUGGCGUAGAAAAUAAGGCUUUCCAGGCAGACGAAAAACCAGCGGCUAAGGAAAAACCUCAAAAUCAACAGGAUGUAGCAACAGACAAAGAUGACGUAAAUCAAUCUCAAAUUGAAAUGGGAUUUACUGAAAGUAUGAUGUGUACUAGUAAAUUAUAAGUUUAUAUUCAUAAGAGUAAACUCUACAAAGAUAUCAUUGAAGUGGCUUAUACAUAGUUAUACUGACUUUGAAUAAGUCUCGCCAGAAUAAAUAAUAUAAAACCAGUGGAUGACUACCAAGCCGUCCGAUUAGUUGUUGACAAAAACUUAAAAAUAAAUUAUUUGUUUUUUGAAGAGGUAUGUAAACUCUUAAGUUUUGCUGUAAGCAUCAACAUUAAAAUGUAUAGAAAUAAUUAUACCUCUCAUGAUUUAAAUAGAUGUGAUAUUGUUUUAAAAAUUAAAGUUUAAGUAUGGGUAAUUAUGUAGGUCAAAAUUAGUUUAUGAAAAUUUUGCGUAAAGAGAUUAAGCAGCUGGCAUGUUUUUGUAUCUAUCACAUCCUCAGUGCUUUACGAGAUAUAAAAAAAUGCAUGUAAAAAAGUAAAUGGUUAAUUAAAGAAGACUUUAAAACAUGCCGAAUUGAGCUGUAAACUAAACAGGUUAAUCAAAAAAUAAUUAAAGACUUUCUGGAUAGGCUGUUGCAUAUGUGAAAAGAUAUACCCAUAAAUUUAUCGACAUUAUAGUUUAAUGGCAGCCAUAUCUAACUAAAUGAGUGAAAUUAAAAGAUUAUUAAGUAUAGGAAUAUUAUUUUAAUUGUUGACAGGUUAGGUAGGUACUUAAGUUAAAUAAAUCCUAGUAGCGUUUAGUUAUAUCAACAGUAAUGAGUACUUAUAAGGAUAUAAAAU